AUGAGCCAGGAAAUCUCCGACAAGAUAUUCUGCUCAGAAGUGACCUGUUCCAUUUGCUUGGAGUAUUUCAGAGAUCCCGUCAUCCUUCAGUGUGGACACAAUUUCUGCCACGACUGCAUUAUGAAAUACUGGAGGGAGUUUGUGCUGAAGUAUAUUUGCCCUCAGUGCAAAACGGUCGCUCAGACGGAGGUUGUUCUCCCAAACAAAUCCCUGGAAAAAAUUGCAAGGUUGCUUGAAAAGUUGAAGCAGGAGGCCGGAGGCAAAGAGGCCUGCGAGAAUCAUCAAGAGCCUUGGGAAUAUUUCUGCAGGAAUCACCAAGCCCCCUUGUGCAAGUGGUGUGCUGGAUUCAGUGAUCACGAAGGUCACGUCAGGAUCUCCUUGGAGCAAGCAACCCAAGAAUUUAAGGAUUAUUUCCGUGAGUUCCUUGUUUACACAGAGAAUCAGAAAAAUGUGAUUCUGAAGCAUAAAAUAGGCAUAGAAAAAGAAAGUCGUGAUAUAAUCAAAGGGACACAGACCCUGAGGAAAGAGAAGGAGGACGCGUUUGAGGAGCUCCGCCGCUUCCUCAACAGUGAAGAGCAUACUCAGACCUGCAAAAUCGGUGAGAUAGAGAAGAACGCCAUCCAGAAACGGGAGGAACGAAUGGAUGAGCUUUUCCAGGAAUUCUCCUCCUGCGAUAAGAUGAUGCGAGAAUUGCAAAAGAAAUGCAGCCAGCAAGCAAACAGCUUCCUGCAGGAUAUAAGCAGCACUCUAGAGAAGUGUAAAAAGAAGGAGAUUCAACAUCGCAGGUUUUUCCCUCCUAACAAUAAAUGGGAAAUAUGGAAAAUAUGGGAUGAUAACAUCUUUCUGAAGAGUGCCAUCAAGCAAUUCCAAGCGGUGAUCACUUUAGACAAGGAGACGGCUCACCCCCUGCUCAUCCUAUCGGAGGACUGCAAAAGCGUGACGCUGGGAAACGAGGCGGCGUGCUUUGCAAAGUCCCACAAACGAUUCGACAUGAGCCACAGCGUGCUGGGCUGCGAGGAGUUCAAGGAGGGCCGGAGUUAUUGGGACAUUUCCAUGGGCAAGGAGGGGGACUGGACAGUGGGCGUGGCCCGGAAAUCUGUGAGGAGGAAAAACGCCAUCUCCAUUGAGCCCAGAAGUGGCAUUUGGGCCAUAGGGAAGCGUGGCAACGACUAUUUUGCUUUAGAUCCUCCAAAUUAUUCUCGGUUGCAGCCCACUGGGGGGCUGAGAAGGAUUCGGGUCUUUUUAAAUUACGCCGGGAAGCACGUGUCUUUCUUUGACGCCGAUGAAGCCAACUUACUCCAUCAUACCUACACAAGCACCGUCUCCAACGAGGCCUUUGUUCCUUUUUUUCACCUCUUUCACAAGGCUGUUCUCACCCUGACUCCCUAA